AAACGUUGCUGGAUUUGAAAGGAACAGUGACUCAAAAUGUCUUCAACUGCUUCUCGCAGAGCCCCAACCACUGUAACGGCAAGCCAUUUCCAGCGGAAUUGGAGCCUGCUAAUGGCUACCCGAGGCUCACGUCCGAUCCUUUGGUGCUGAAGCUGCCGGCGGAAGAUGUGACGGCACUGCGACUCCUGGACGAGACCCCCUUGCACCACUCAGCCUACAUCCCUGUGCCCCAGCAGAGAAAACCGACGGAGAAGGCGGGGAUCGAUGAAGUCAUGGCGGCGGAAGUCCUCACCAGCCUGUCCACAAGCCCCGUCGUGCUGAAUCAUCACCCCAAUGGCUUCAGUGCAGAAGUGAACUGUGACGGGUGGAAAGACGCUCCUGUGAGGUCUUCCAGCUGCAGCAGCAGCAACCACAGUGGAGACGGGAGCUGGGAUCCCCCGAGCGACCUGUCCACCCCCUCCACCCCUUCGCCGCCCUUGACCGCCGACAUCACGACCAGCAUCCUGUCUUCCCUGCAGUCCGACCUGGAGGAAACAGAAGCCACCCAGUUUCUCUUUGGGGAUCCUGUCCCCAGGAAGAGGAAGAACUCCACGAAGGUGAUGUUCAAGUGUUUGUGGAAGAGCUGUGGGAAGGUGCUGAGCAGUUCCUCUGGGAUGCAGAAGCACAUCCGAGCCAUCCACCUGGGGAGGAAGGCUGACCUGGAUCAGAGUGAUGGAGAGGAAGAUUUUUACUACACCGAGCUGGACGUCAAUGUGGAUUCCUUGACCGACGGUCUCUCCAGCCUGACCCCUGUCUCCCCUACCUCCCCUGUGCCCCCUCCCUUUCCUGUCCUGGAGGAGGUCCAGAAAACGCCACCGAUUCCACUCAACCCCAAGGUUUCCGUGGUGUCUCAUCUGAGCCAGUCGACCCCCAUGAACCUCCUGAGCCAGUCGGCCCCCACAAGUCUGUGCCACAUCCAAACCGACCAUGCGUAUCAGGCGAUGGGUCCUACCGGGGUGCUGGCAGAUCUGAAGGCUCCACCAGCUGGGAUGGAAAUCAGCAUAUCGUGGCAACAGCCAGCCCUUUUCCCACCCCCUCUGCCCCCUGUCCUCUUCAAAAGCCCCUCGGGCUGCCUGACUCCCAUCCGACCCGCUGAUUCGGGAGAGAAGCGCCUGCAAGGCCCUCCUGUGUCAAUUGCCAAAGGACAACCAUUAAUGCCCUCUUCCAUGCCAAAGCCUGCAACAGGCACCAGGAAGCCACGUGGCGAGGCCAAGAAAUGCCGCAAAGUCUACGGGAUGGAGAACCGCAACAUGUGGUGCACGGCCUGUCGCUGGAAGAAAGCAUGCCAGCGGUUUGUCGACUGAGCGAGCUUCAGGAGGCCAGCCGCCUGCCCUCUGCCUGCGUUGCGCGAUUUGCACUUCUGUGCCUUCCAGCCUGAUCUCCUAACUGUCCGCCCCCUCCCCGCCAACCCCACCCUCCUCCAAGGUGGGGGCUGCCCUCUGUGCCUUGGCUCAGGAAACAGGAGUCUCUGGGAUGGAUAGAGUCGGUGGACCCUUUGCAAAAGGAAGGCAAGGUCCCUCGCCCUUCCCUGCAGGAAGCAGCGCCACCCGGGGCCUUCUGGGACCUCUCGGGCCUCUCUCUUCACCCUGGGAUAGCCGCCAACCCAGCCUCCGUUGGAUUUACCUGCAUCCACACAUGUGAAAAUUAAGCCAUUGCCUGUCUUUCUGUGGGUGCUUCCCCCCCCCGAAAUAAGCUAUUUCUCCCCCCACCCCCUUUCCUUUACCUCUUGCUUUGAGAUCCAAAGAGCUCUUCGGAGCUGAGAUGUGAAGCGGUGGCAGAUUUUCCUCCUCUGGGAUGGGAGAGCCGAGGCCGAUGGACAACACUUUUUUGAUACCUGUCCUGUAAUUUUCCCUCCCACUGUAAGCUUUGGUGUUGAGGACUUAAGAGCAGAAGACAAAGAAGGCAUUGGAAGAAAUGGAAAGCUGUCUUGGCUUCGUCUUUCGUUCGUUUCCUUCACUCAUUUUCAAUUGCUGGCUGCAGCAGGCUUCUCCAGAAAUGGACCCUUUUUUUUUUUUUUCUUGAUCUAGGUCUCAGUUUGGAAGCUGGAGAUCCAGUCUAAGAUGUGGAUAUGACUGAAGGGGGAGAAAAAGAAGCUGUUGAAUGUCAGUGGAACCUGAAAAGUCUUUUUGCUUUCUGUCUCUUUUUUUUCUUGGGGAGUUUUCUGCUUCUUUAAUUCCCGCCCCCCCAUAUUCCCUCCCCCAUGGUGCCUGCAGAAAAAGGCUCUAUUAUAGGAAAUGUUCAUACUUGGCAGUCUGGCUUAAGAACAGUCCCAUGGUGAAUGAAAAUGUUAAGUCUCUUGCAAAGAAUAAGCUAUGCGCUAGAAAUGUAGCCUGAUCUUUUUUCCAAUGACCUCGACUGAAUUUGCAUCGAAGCUCACUCUGACAGCACAGAGAAAUGCUUCCAUUUGCCAAUUUCCCGUAGCGUGCAAUCCCAGUUUUUUAACAUUUUACACACUGGGUGGGAAUGCGGAAAUGGUCCUGCCGGCUGUCCCAGGUUUCCCCUCGAUGCUGGAUCUGAAUAGCGAAGCUGAUAGAGCGGUGGUAAGAUUUUCCUCCCUGCUCUUGCAUUCCUCUCAAAAAAAUUCCAGCUCAAAAAUGAAUUUUGGAAUCAGGAGCAGGAUUGGUGUCUCCUGUCUGCAUUGGUGGCGAUUUGAGGUUUUUGGAGGGGCUGUUUCAGAAUCCGGCAGCAGAUUGAUGGUUUAAAACUUAAAACUCACCAGACGGUGGCACUGUGAGAUCUGUAGGACUUUCUCUAGCCCAGUGUUGUCCAAACUUGGCCGCUUUAAGAUGA